AUGAGCAAAGUUCCUGAUGCUUGGGAGGACGAAUGGUCUAACGCUGCCGAUACCGGCCCCGCAACCCAGGCCACCGAACCAAAGAAAAUAUCCUCCAAGGUUUCCAAGGCUCAGAAAAGGGCUCAGCAAGCUGAGUUCAACAGACAAUUAUGGGCUGAAGCUGAAGGCCCAAAACAAACAAAUUACUUUCUCGAGUCUCGAAAUGUCGUCCCCCUUCGCUCAGAGUUCAAGCCGCCGCCUGUCCUCCUGUCCAGAAAAGGUCCUGUCAUUCAAAAGCGCAGAGCAGCCCCAAACGGUGUGGAAGGUCUGAGCUUGAACGACUCUCCGUCCUUGGGGAACAACCAAGAGUCAUCUGAAGACGAAGAAGAAAACAAGGCAAAAGAGCUCACCCUUGCUGAGCGCCAGGCUCAAGCAGCAAAAGAUCGUGAGGAGAAGCAGCGGAAAUACGAAGAACGCAGACAAGAAUUGUUCGGCACAGCAACUAGCAGCGGCAAUACCUCCCAACAACAUCUGGGAAAUACCCAUAAUAAAUCGGGCACGUCAACGCCAGCUAGUCUGACGCCGCCUGGGUCACGCUCGGGCACUCCGAGUCGCGGUGGUGGUCGGGGAAAAGGAGGCAGAGGAAGAGGCGGUGGAGGUCCAUCAUCACAUCCCUCGACGAGGAAUCAGUCGAGGGGUUCUCAACACCGAGAAUUAUUUGACCCAUCCUACACCUCCAAGCCGCCGAGGGAGGAUGUGCAGCAUGUCCGUACUCCCGACAUUCACCCGAUUCGCACACCUCGGGGUCCAGAUGGGAGCGGCAGAGGAGGUUUCGGCUUCUCGAGUCCUCGUGGUGCACACAUUACGAGUUAG